GUAGAAGUUUCUAAAAUUAGGCUGAGAACAUAAUUUUCUUCAAACUUUUAUUCCUGGCUCUCUUGCUUUCUGUCUCUCCCGCGCAGAAAAUCUGAAGCACAUGGAUCCAGACAAGGAAGAGUUUCUCAAAGAAUUCGGUGCGGAUUACGGAUACCCAAACGGCCCCAAGACUAUCGACGAAAUCCGAGCUACUGAGUUCAAAAGAUUAAAUGGUCUUGUAUACUUGGAUCAUGCUGGGGCUACUCUGUACUCUGAGUUGCAGAUGGAGGCAGUCUUUAAAGAUCUCGCCACUAACGUUUAUGGAAAUCCUCAUAGCCAAAGUGACUCCAGCUUUGCUACUUAUGACAUUGUGAGGGAAGCCCGACAGCAGGUCCUUGAUUAUUUCAAUGCAUCCCCAAAAGACUACAAAUGCAUAUUCACUUCUGGGGCAACUGCAGCAUUAAAGCUAGUUGGGGAGGCAUUUCCAUGGAGCCACCAGAGCUGUUUUAUGUACACGAUGGAAAAUCACAAUAGUGUACUUGGGAUCAGAGAAUAUGCUCUCAGUCAAGGUAGUGCAGCCUUUGCAAUAGAUAUUGAAGAGUCUAUGGAUCAUGAAGUAUCUAGGGGCAAUCUAAUGUCUGUCAAGGUAUCCCAGCACCAAAUACAAAAGAGAAAUGAAGCAAGAUUCUUUGAAAAAGAGCCAACAGGUGGUGCAUAUAACCUAUUCGCCUUUCCCUCAGAGUGUAAUUUCUCAGGAUUAAGAUUCAGCCUUGACUUGGUGAAGAUUAUUAAGGAAGAUUCAGAAAGAAUUUUGGAGGGCUCUCCAUUUUGCAGCGGACGCUGGAUGGUAUUAAUUGAUGCAGCAAAGGGUUGUGCAACACAAACACUUGAUUUAUCAAAGCAUCCUGCAGACUUUGUUGUCAUCUCCUUCUAUAAACUAUUUGGCUAUCCAACUGGACUUGGAGCUCUCAUCGCUCGAAAUGAUGCUGCAAAGUUAUUGAAGAAAACCUACUUUAGCGGAGGCACAGUUGCUGCCUCAAUUGCUGACACCGACUUUAUUAAAAGAAGAGAAGAGAUUGAGGAAUUGUUUGAGGAUGGAACUACUUCAUUCUUGAGCAUAGCAUCCAUUCGUCAUGGUUUCAAAAUGCUGAAUUCCCUAACCACGCCUUCAAUAUCUAGGCAUACGGCAUCACUUACCACAUACGUGAGGAAGAUGCUCUUGGGCUUAAAGCAUGAAAAUGGAGUCAGUGUGUGCACACUUUACAGAAGUGACAAUGUGAAGGUAGUAUGUCAUGGUUGGGGUCCUAUUAUUUCAUUCAACUUAAGAAGGCCAGAUGGUUCUUGGUUUGGAUACCGUGAAGUGGAAAAACUGGCAUCCUUAUCUCAAAUUCAGUUGCGGACAGGAUGUUUUUGCAAUCCUGGAGCAUGUGCAAAAUAUCUUGGCUUGUCUCACUCGGAUCUUCUUUCAAAUAUUGAGGCUGGCCAUGUUUGCUGGGAUGACUAUGACGUGGUUAAUGGAAAACCGGCAGGAGCUGUAAGAGUGUCCUUUGGUUAUAUGUCAACAUAUGAAGAUGCCAAGAAAUUUAUUGAUUUUGUGAGAACUUCCUUUGUAUCAUUGCCUAAUCAAAUUGGAAGGUAUCACUUGAGAGAGAAGCCCAGCUCCUUUCCAGAUGAAGGUCCUGGAAAACUCUUGGCUGGUGGUGUCUGCCUCAAGUCCAUUACUAUCUACCCAAUAAAAUCAUGUGCAGGAUUCAGUGCAGCAAGUUGGCCUCUGAGUAGUACUGGUCUACAAUAUGAUCGUGAAUGGCUUCUUAAAAGCUUAACUGGUGAUAUUCUUACACAGAAGAAGGUUCCUGAAAUGUGCCUUAUAAGUACUUCAAUUGAUCUCCAUCAAGGAAUACUGUUUGUAGAGUCACCACGUUGCAAAGAGAGACUGCAGAUUAACUUUAAAUCAAAUAUAUGUAAUGGUAGUACUGGAGAAGACUUUCAUAUACAUGGCCAGAGAUAUCAAGGCCGGAGUUACAACAACGAAGUAAAUAUUUGGUUUAGCCAAGCAGUUGGUCGACCUUGCUGUCUGUUGCGGUGUUCAAUGUCCAGUUAUUACUUGAAUAAUAGCAGAUGUGUGGGAAUGUGUAGAGAUGUCCAGAGCAGAUUGAAUUUUGUCAAUGAAGCUCAGUUCUUAUUAAUAUCCAAGGAGAGCGUAUCUGACCUCAAUGACAGGUUAAGCUCAAACAUGAAAAACAGUGCUCUUGGAGUUGCAGUUCAAGUCAACCCAAUGAGAUUUCGGCCCAAUCUUGUCAUAUCUGGAGGUGAACCAUAUGCCGAAGAUGGAUGGAGAAAUCUUAAAAUUGGAGACAACUGUUUUACGUCACUGGGUGGAUGCAACCGCUGCCAGAUGAUUAAUCUUGUUAAUGAAGGUGGACAAAUGCAGAAGUCAAAUGAGCCUUUGGCUACUUUAGCAUCAUAUAGGAGAGUGAAGGGGAAGAUUCUAUUUGGGAUUCUGCUGAGAUACCAGACUGCAGAUGAAGUAGAGCAGGAAACUAAUCCAUGGCUUCAAGUAGGGCAGGAAAUACAUCCAAAUUCCUUUUAAAUUUGAAGAAUAAGCGUGAAAGGUGUAUCCUUGCUAUCUGACUGGGGUGUUACUGAUUUGUUUUGGGAACUUUAUGAGGGCAUUAACAGUUAUAUCCACAAAUCUAAGUAAGUGUAUACAGAAAAUUGCAGAAAAAUACGAGGCAAAGGUUGGAAAUUAUUCAAAUAAAGUAUUAAAGUUUAUACAGGAUAUUCAUUCUUGAGCCAGUUGCAGUCUCCUUGCUAGGAGAAUAGGAUAUAUAUAGAAG